GGGGUCACAAGCACCAGCCGGGGAUGAGGACGACGCGUUUCCGACGAGCGGCCACGAGGAGGCGGUGGAUGUGCUCCGCAGAAUGCGCAUGUCGGGUGCCCCCCCGCGUGGAGGGGGCGGCCCUGCGGCGUCUUCCGCUGCUCCUGGUACGGAGCCGUGCCUCCUCACCUACAACAACGCCAUCGCGGUGUGCAAGAAGGCGGGGCAGCUGGAGGCGGGCCGAGCGGUGCUGGCGGACAUGCGGCGAAGAGGCGUGGCGCCCGACCUCUACACGUACACCGCCCUCGUGGCGGCGUGCGGCGAGGGGCAGUGGCAGCUCGCCGUGGGGCUGCUGGCGGAGCUCCAGGGCAAUGACCUGGCGCCCAACGCCGUGGCCCACGGCGCCCUCUGCGGCGCCCUGGAGAAGUCGCACCAGUGGCAACGCGCCCUCAGCGUGCUCUUCUCGGGCGCUCUGCGGCCGACCGUCGUCACCUUCGGCGCCGCCAUGGGCGCGUGCGAGAAG